CAGAGGCGUCAAACGCAGUCAGACGCACCGAGACGCACAACGCCGAGCCGCCGAAACCUCCCCGUUCCCCGAAAGUCGCCGCUGUUAAUAGGGGAUAAACGUGGUGCUCCGUCGGUUUCCUCUCCGCGAGCGGUUGCGUUGUCGCGCGAAGCAACGUGGAGCAACGUGACCGAAAGCAACGUGCGAUUCUUACAGUGCCGACGACGGCACCGUACGUCAACUCCUAAGCGAGGGGAAGGAUGGAGAGCGAGCAGCAUCACUAUGAGCUUCGCAGCCGGAGCAGAUCUCGCUCCCACACGCCUAUGAUCCCGAACCGUCCCCUGCCGGAGCAAGAUGAACGUCAUUAUGAUCUCAGGAACUGGAGCCGAGAGAGAUCUCACACGCCUGGAGAGGUAACCAGUAGCAGAAGAUCUGCCUCUCGAUCAACUGUCAGCAUGAAAACGCAUGAAAAGACUAUGGAACCUAUAGAGGAGAGCAAAGAGGGAUCUGUCACGGAAAGUCUGACGGAUAACCAAAGCACAAAGUCCGAGAGUUCUGUCGUCGUCACGAAAAAAGCGGAACGUCGGUCGGAACGCCAGCGGGCCAAAAGACAAAUAUUUGCCAAUGGUCAGAGCGAAAGUAAGGAUGACGUAUCUGAUCAGAAAGCCGAGCGAAAGCGCAAAAGUGUUACACCACGCAGAGUACUUACCAGUGACUACUCGUCCGAAGAGGGAGAGAGAGAGGAUCCUCUGAGUAGAUCAGCAUCCAGCGCUUAUGAGAUUUACAAGCAGGCUGGUGAUUGGUGGAACGUUUUUCCAAAGACAGAUUAUACAUAUUCGCCAGCGUCGGAGUGUCGUUACGAAAUAGCUCCUGGUAUAUUAGCUAUGCCUAAUAUGUCAAGGCGGUCUAUACACGUAAACGACAAUGGAAGUACCGUAAUCAGUCGUCGGAAUGUAAGUCAGGCUUCGCGAGGAACGACCGAAAGUGGAAUUAGUGACUCAGACACUAUUGAUUUGAAAGAGACCGCCUCUCUAAUUAAUUCAUCCGAGAAUAAUUACGGCAUGUCAAGCACGCGUAUGUCGGAUUCUAAAGGAAAAGCGACUCUAUACAAAAAAACACGUGUAGAACAGUAUACAAGUCACAAAGAAACAAUUUAUUCGGAGCCUAGACAUUCUUCAGAUUUUCGGUCAAGAUACUUAUCGUACAUGCCUUCAUUUAGGGAGUAUGAUUCUUCUCGUGUCGAUUCCGAUACCGAAUUGGACGAGACUUUUGCAAAAUCAACGGUCAAAACUAAACAAAAUUGGAAGAUUGUGCAAUGGUUCACGUAUUUUGUAACCUUUAUAGUCGCUUACUUCAGAAAAACUGUUCAAUUCUUCAGAAUGGAUAGAAAAAGGCAGUAUUAUGGUGCACAAGCUUAUCGAGGGUCCAAUGUAUCCAAAUUGAAUACGUUGUGGCAAACUUUGGAUCGUUAUACACACAAUAUGUACUUUUUCUUCGUCAGAAUGCUCGUAUUCGAUGCCUGGCUGUUGAGUCAAUUCACUGGUGUUAGGAAAUGGCUACAAGAAAAGGGCCCGAGGAUUCUUUGGAUCACGCUUCUACCGUUACUUCUUUUACUUGGUGGUUGGUGCAUAGCACAAUAUUUGUCGCUUGUUUCUGAUGUUGAAACCGCGCCUCAGAGAGUGAUAGAAAGAUCAUUAUCUGAUGUACAAUGGGAAGAUCGUAAAAGCGUAAUUGAAGAAUUAUUGGCUAACAAUGAGAUCAUUAAAGAUUUAGUUAACAAAGCUGAUUUGGUCAAUAGGAUAGAAAUGCUCGAAAAUAAACAGGCACAUCAAAUGGAAUAUCUUAUGAAUAUUAGUCGGACUUUAGAAGAUCGCAAGAAAAGCGAUGCUGAUUUCCGGAAGGAAUAUGACGACAAAAUUAUUGACGUCGAAAAUAAACUGGAUGUUAGUAGUGAACUGAAAAAUAUGGCAUACAGCGAACUCAAAGUUAUCAAGCAUGAAUUUGAGGAACUACGCAAACUGUAUUCGGAAUUAAAAUCUUGUUGCAACGCCAAUGCAGAAUUCGUCGCAAAUCAAAAUAUUGAAAAGCGUGUGGAAAAAAUUUUAUUUGGUUACUUUCCUUCCGGAAUUUCAAAAGAAGAUCUUGUGAAAAACAUGCAGACUUUAUUUACAUUUCAUAACAAAGAAGAUGAAAAUAUUCUUAGUGGUGACGAUGCAAAUGAUCAUGUCUCGGACGAGCACAUACGCAAGAUAGUAAAGGAAGUUUUACGAAUUUAUGACGCGGAUAAAACGGGUCAAGUAGAUUAUGCUUUGGAAACGGCAGGCGGUCAGAUCAUUAGCACGCGGUGCACUCAGCGAUACGACAUAAAGACAAGAGCCUACAGUCUAUUCGGUUUCCCGCUCUAUUACGAGAGCAAUGAUCCGCGGACAGUAAUACAGGGAAAUCCGAUACAACCUGGCGUUUGUUGGGCCUUCCAAGAUUUUCCCGGAUAUCUUCUAAUACAACUACGAGGCAUCAUUUAUGUUACUGGUUUUACUUUGGAGCACGUUCCCAGAUUAAUUUUACCAAAUGAGAACAUGUCGAGUGCGCCCAGAAAAUUCAACGUCUGGGGACUGUUGAGUGAGAACGAUCAGGAGCCUGUGAUGUUUGGAGAAUAUGAAUUUACGAUAUCGGACGAAAAUUUGCAAUAUUUUCCAGUCCAGAAUACAGAGAUCAAAAAACCAUAUGAAUAUAUAGAAUUGAGGAUACACAGCAAUCAUGGACAACUAGAAUAUACAUGUUUAUACAGAUUUCGCGUUCAUGGGAGACCAGCUUAGGAAUUAAUCGCGCCAAAGUUCCUCUUCACAAGACAUUCGUAAGAUCGUUCCAGCAGUAGUGAGAACGAGCCACAAUUCUUCUCCAAUACGUGCCUUCGAUUAUCGUUACGAUAAACGUAACAAUUGACGCGAUUUGCAGUAGCACCUUGUAACUAUACUUGUGAAUAGAUCGAUUAUUUAACGCUUUUGUAAUAGAUUUUCAACGAAACGAUCAAAACACUUCAUACACGCGCGCCGAUAUUUAAUACACACUAAAGCCUUUUUCGUCAUCAUUUAAACGCGUUGAACGCUGUACAUAUACAUUCAAUAACGUCAAUAAUUUAUACUGAUCGAGAAGAUCGCACGAGAAGAUUGAUCGGGUCAAGCGGGAAUACGAUUACUCGGCCCGAUGGUGUUCUACAAUUAUUGCCUAUACAAAUACAUUUACUACAUGGCCUUGCUGUAGCAGUUACCCGACUAAAGCACCUCAAAAAAAAAAAAAAAAAAAAAAACAA